UCGUCACUUUCCGUCGACUGUUCGGCAACACUCGGGUCCUGACGGACUGGGGCCUUCCUUUCCUUUUCCUUACCUCCUUCACGGCCCGGUUAACGGUCGCUGGCAGUUUAAAUGAGACGGGAUCCGGGUCGUUGUCGCGCCACACCCUGAGGCGGCGUCUGAGUCUGUCAGGGAAAAGCCGGAGGAGGGAGGAGAGAGAAAAGAGAGAAGGGGGCGCCCUUCCCCCCCCCCACUUCUCUCAUCCGGGUCCUGUUCCUGAGUGGGGAGCCGGGGCAGGAUGACGGUGCUGCAGGAACCCGUCCAGGCUGCUAUAUGGCAAGCACUUAACCACUAUGCUUAUAGGGAUGCUGUGUUUUUGGCAGAGAGACUGUAUGCAGAAGUACAUUCAGAAGAUGCACUCUUCCUAUUGGCAACCUGUUAUUAUCGCUCAGGAAAAGCUUACAAGGCAUACAGGCUCCUUAAAGGACACAGUUGUACCACCCCACAGUGCAAAUAUUUGCUUGCCAAGUGCUGCAUUGAUCUUGGCAACAGACUCGCAGAAGGAGAACAGAUUCUGUCUGGUGGAGUUUUUAACAAACAGAAAAGUCAUGAGGACAUUGUAACUGAGUUUGGAGAUUCUGCAUGUUUCACACUAUCCCUUCUGGGCCAUGUGUACUGUAAGACAGAUCGGCUUGCCAAAGGAUCUGAAUGUUACCAAAAGAGCCUUAGUUUAAAUCCCUUCCUCUGGUCCCCUUUUGAAUCACUAUGUGAAAUAGGUGAGAAGCCAGAUCCUGAGCAAACUUUCAAGUUAACUUCUAUACAGAACUUCAGCAGCUGCUUGCCUAACACAUGCACAACAGUGGUGUCUAAUCACAACAUAAUUCACAGACAGCCAGAAACCGUUCUUAUGGAAACACCACAGGACACACUUGAAUUAAACAGACUCAACCUGGAGUCCUCCAACUCUAAAUAUUCCUCCAACACAGAUUCCUCCAUUUCUUAUAUUGACUCGGCUGUAAUUUCACCAGAUGCUGUAUCUCUUGGAUCAGGAACUGCCUUUUUAACGAAACAGGCUCAGAACAAACCAAAAACUGGCAGGAGUCUUCUAGGUGGACCAGCCGCCCUGAGCCCUUUAACACCAAGUUUUGGAAUAUUGCCAUUGGAAACUCCUAGCCCCGGAGAUGGAUCUUAUUUACAAAACUGCACAAAUUCUUCUUCCGUAAUUGAUGUGCCACCUCAAGGAGCCCCUUCCAAGAAGACUGUUACCAGAAUAAAUCAAGCUGGAACAAAGUCGGUCUUCUCACAAAGUGGUAAUAGUCGGGAAGUAACACCAAUCCUUGUUGCCCAGACCCAAAGUUCAGGUGCACAGACGAGUACAACUCCUCAGGUAUUGAGCCCAACUAUUGCUGCUCCCCCUAAUGUGCUGCCUCGAAGAAGUUCACGUUUGUUCUCCAGUGAUAGUUCUACAGCCAAGGAAAAUAGUAAAAAGUUAAAAAUGAAGUUUCCAACAAAAAUUGCAAAUCGAAAGACAAAAUGUAAAACCAGUAAAGGAGGGAUCACACAGCCAAACAUAAAUGACAGUUUGGAAAUCACCAAACUUGAUUCGUCCAUUAUUUCAGAAGGAAAGAUUACCUCAGUAACGCCACAAAUCCAGGCAUUUACAUUACAGAAAGCUGCAGCAGAAGGUUUGAUGAGCCUUCUUCGUGAUAUGGGGAAAGGAUAUUUAGCCUUGUGUUCCUACAAUUGUAAAGAAGCCAUUCAUAUACUGAGUCAUUUGCCUUCUCAUCACUACAACACGGGCUGGGUGCUAUGCCAUAUUGGAAGAGCUUACUUUGAACUUGCAGAAUACAUGCAGGCUGAGAGAAUAUUCUCUGAAGUAAGAAGGAUUGAAAACUACAGAGUAGAAGGCAUGGAAAUCUAUUCAACCACAUUGUGGCAUCUGCAGAAAGAUGUAGCUCUUUCAGUUCUUUCAAAAGACUUGACUGAGAUGGAUAAAAAUUCACCAGAGGCAUGGUGUGCUGCAGGAAAUUGCUUCAGUUUGCAAAGGGAACAUGACAUUGCUAUCAAGUUUUUCCAGAGAGCUAUUCAAGUUGAUCCAAAUUAUGCUUAUGCCUAUACACUCCUGGGACAUGAAUUUGUGCUGACAGAAGAACUUGAGAGAGCAUUAUCCUGCUUUAGGAAUGCAAUCCGAAUGAAUCCAAGGCACUACAAUGCUUGGUAUGGAUUGGGGAUGAUUUACUACAAGCAAGAGAAAUUCAGCCUUGCAGAAAUGCAUUUCCAAAAAGCACUUCAAAUUAAUCCUCAGAGUUCUGUCUUGUUGUGCCAUAUUGGAGUUGUUCAGCAUGCUCUGAAGAAAUCUGAGAAAGCUUUGGAUACACUGAACAAAGCCAUUAACAUUGAUCCCAAGAACCCCCUCUGCAAAUUCCACAGAGCCUCAGUAUUAUUUGCAAAUGAGAAGUACAAAUAUGCUUUGCAAGAACUUGAAGAACUGAAGCAAAUUGUUCCCAAAGAGUCUCUUGUUUACUUUUUGAUAGGAAAGGUUUAUAAAAAGUUGGGGCAGACCCAUCUUGCACUGAUGAAUUUUUCCUGGGCAAUGGACUUGGAUCCCAAAGGCGCUAACAAUCAGAUCAAAGAGGCCAUUGACAAGCGGUACCUACCCGAUGAUGAAGAGCCUGUAACACAAGAAGAACAGAUCAGUGAAUGCUGUCCAUAUGAGUCAGUUGGCACAGAUGAGUCUCAGGCCAGUAGCAUGACUGACGCAGAUGACACACAGCUUCAUGCAGUAGAAAGUGAUGAAUUUUAACUCCCAAGUGGAUUCUGAGUUUGGAUGUUUGACUGACUCAUUCUAUUGGAUUCUUCCUUUCCCUUCCUGCCGCAGAGCCAGCAUUGUUCUAAUGCUCCACUGAUACCCCAGGCGCAUCAUUCAUCAGAUUUUAAUUAAUUCUGAAUUAAUGGCAGUGUAUUUGGGAUCAUAAUUUCAGUCUGAAUUAUUGACUUCAUCUUUUUAAACAUGAUUCUUCAAGGAGGAAAUACUUUUUCUAAAAUCUCCUUUUUGUUGACAAACCUAUCAUGGAAGAUGAAAUUUGCUGUACAGGAACUGGGAGAUAUGGGAAAGUAACUGAUGAAGCAGUUACUUGCUCUGUCCCCAAAAGAGUCUUAGUUUGGCUCUUUCCAAGAAGCAGAGACCUGCGCUUCUCCAUUCCACACUCUUCAGAGAUAAUUGUGGAAGUACAGGACUGGAAUGUGUUGAAGACAUUUCUGAAUAUUAUUUGAGUGUAAAUUAAAUGCCAGAAAAUAUAAAUGACCUUAAAAUGAAUUUUUCUCUUGUGAACGCUUUACAGAAAAUAUAAAAUCCAGUGUCCCUCCUUUAGAUUUAUCAACUUGCCAGAAUAGAGACUUCCACAGAAUACAUUAGUAUUCCACCAAGAAGUUAACUUCAUCAGGCUAACUUCCAAAGCAUCAGUUGUUUGUAUUUGUAUACCAUUCAGCUCAAUAACAUGAUGUUGCUCAUCAUGUGCUCUUUGCAAUUGCACCUGACAGUUCGAAAAAAAAUCAAAAUGCUGUUGCAAUUAUUAAUUCCUAGAAAAGAAAUAAAUGUGUAGAUUUGCAGUGUUGAAAAAUGCAAUGAAAUAAAUUCACAAUAACAGAAUGCCAAGAUGACAAUGGAAGCCUUAAUCCAAUCAAACCUUACAAUGGUGGUUCAUCCCCCAUCUAUUUACAGCAGUGACCCCUUCAAAAAUUAUUUUGUAAAGUGUUGUCUGAAUGAACAGAUGCAAAAAAAAUUGUGCAAUUAUCUGUCUUUUGGGAGGGGGGGUUGGGUUAGGGUUUUUUUAUCCUGUAAGUUUUGAGUACUUCCUCUAUAAUGUCUUGUAGGAAUAUAGACCCCCAGAUGGUUAUUUCUCUGAGAAAAGAAGCUAGGCUGUAUUAACAAAGCCAGUUUUCUCCUCCUUUGUAGCAUUUCUGCAACAAAGGUGGUUGGCUUUUGUGCAGUGACCAUCAAGAAAGUGUAUGAUAACCUUACAGUUCUAAAGAGAAAAUUAUGCACAAUAAAAUGGUUUAAAUUUGAUAAAA